UCUCUCUCUCUCUCUCUCUCUCUCUCUCCAUCAUAUCCCCCACCGAAGUAACUACUUCGAAACUGUGACAUAGAGACACGUUUAUCUCUGAUUUCCUGAAAACCUUAUCUCUCCGGUGGAUUCAGGACUAUGACCUGAACACUGACAGCACCUUACCACAGCCAUUCGUCCAGGUUAGCUUCUCUCUGCUAUGUAACACGUCCAUGUGGUUAUCUGGCCGACAGGUGUGGUAAAAUUGUUUGGAUUUGAAGAGAAGUCUAGCACACCAAAUGUUUGAUGAAAUUCUCACUGUAAUGCAACAAGCUAGUGUUGGGUUAUUGUAUUUUUUUCGUUUUUCUAAAAUUUCCAAUUUAAAAUUUCCUACCGUUUGAAGAACCUGAAUCAACCACAAACCAAUGUUCGAGUUUAUUUUUCAUAGAUUAAUUCGUGUCUGUUUAAAAUGUGAAAACUUUCCUUGGGAAUACUUAAAAACUAAAAAAGGAAGAACCUUACUUGGGAAUGGCGUAAGUGAGUUCUUUUCCUUUUUCCCUCUUUAAAUUCGAAUUGGUUUUUCGAUUCUGAAAAAAUAGUCUCUUUCUAGGUUUUGCGAAUUUGCGUCUCUCUCAUUGUUGGGGUUCAAACGUUUCCAGUGUGGGUCACUCGCUUUCUAUCUUCGUGUCACGCAUGUAUCUUUUGAGAAUGUGUUGCAUGCGUUUAGCCAGUUUGGCCAUGGAUGUGGUUGGCAUUUUUGUCUUUCCAAUUAUAUUUUGAUUCUCUAAUCUAUAUGCAUGUCAUUAUAUGCUAAAUUUGGUUCAUUGUUGGUCUUUGUCGGUGAAUGUGGAUAUCAGCCAAAUAAUUUCCAUGCCCGCUUUUGUCAAUAGAGCAUCUGUACCAUAAUUUUUGAAUUGUUAUGUACGUAGAUGACCUUCCUUGGAUUGUUACAAAUGGUCUGUAAUUGACUCUCUAGAGAGAGAGAUGGAUUUUAUCUUUGGAGGUUGCGUGCAACAAAUACAAAAAGCUUAUCCGUCCAGGUGCAUGGAACUAAGAUGGGUUAGCAGCAGAAGGAAAAGAAUAAUUGACAAGGACAAGAGAGUACUGCUGCCAAAGAAACCAUUUAUACCACCGGCAUUAGUCCCACUAUAUAUAUCCACAACCCCAUCGCACAUAAAUCCUGAGGAGCUCAAAGACCUCUACAGUGCCUCCAAUCACUCCUGCCACCGAUUCCCCAGCUAUGUGGACUCUGAGGGCACUGUCAGAGUUGAACCGAUGGACAUUCACAAGCUCAGCAUAGCUCUCUCCCACAGCUCUGUUGUCGUCUCUGUCUUCUGCAAACCAACUGAUGUUUUAUGUGCUACUGAAACGUGGUCGUCGUCAUCAUCAUCUUCUUCUCUAGAAGAUUUGAUAAAACCAAGAAAGACAUUGGGUUUGGGAGAUUUGUUCCAAAAAGUGCUGCCGGUAACACCAUCCAAUGGUCAGCUGGUGGGCUUUGGCCGUGCUGUUUCUGAUUUUGGAUUGACUGCUUCCAUUUAUGAUAUCAUGGUUAUCCCUUCAUUACGGGGAAUGGGAAUCGGCAGGAUUAUUGUUAAAAGAAUUGUAAGAUUGUUUUUCAAAGCAUGCGGAUUUGGAGAUGACAUUUUGAGCUCCACCACAAUGAUGUAUUCAAGGAAUGCUUCCACUUAUCACCAAGGCAAUCAAAUAGUUAUACGUGCAGGUCGAAAGCUCUUGUUAGCUCCUCCACAUAGAGAAGCCCCUUAAUCUCUGAAGGCUAUUGAAUCAGUAAGUUUAUGUACACUGUACCCUCAGCUGAUGCAUUACAAGGCAAAAAUGAUAAGAGUUUGUCAGCUUUAUUAGAAAUUCAUGUAUCAAAUUAUAGGAAUCAGGACAUGUUAGCUAACACAGAUUUGUGGAAGUCAUUCUUGUUGCUGUCUGGGAUGAGUAUGGGUUGGCUUAAGGGAUUUAAUUGAGUAGUCAGUAUUCAUUCUCCUGACUGUUUACUUGUAUCACGUAAAUUUCAAGAUGUAUCGUGGCCUUUGAAUCUCUUUUAUCAGUUCAUUUAAGCUUGUAUUACCAUAUGUUAAAUAAUUCUUGCAUAUGCAUUUUUCUUGAUUUUUGAAAGUA